UUUUAUGAUUAGUUUUAAAAGGGUAUGGUCCGUACGGAAGGGUUGAGGGUGUUGAGGUUUGAUUUGAUAUGGUUAAAGGCACCAACUAACCUGCGAGCGAAGAGCGAGUCUUCAUUGGUCAAACCCCUCCUUCUUCACCCGCCAUUCUCUCUCUCUCUUCCUUCUCCUAUUUUUACCUCUCUUUCUCUCUCUACCCUUUACAUCUGAUUCUCUCUCCCUUCUACUAUUUCGAUUGCUUUUUCGUUUCUGGUUUCAUCAAUUUCCUCUGUUUUUGUUUUGGAAUCAAAUUCCUUGUAUUCAAUCCAAUCCAAUCCAAGCUCACCUUCAUUUUUACUUUCCUAAUACGCCUACUGCUUCUUUCCACUUUCUCAGUUUGAGUUCAUCUGUUCCCUUAACAAAAAACUACUCUAUUUUCAGGAAAGGGAUAAAAAAAGUACCCUUUUUUUCUUACUAGGGUUUCUCUUACUCACAUUUCUUUAAUUCGAUCGUAUUUUCAUUGCAAUUGAUUGGGAAUUUAAGGUCUCAACUACAUUCUGGUGCUUUGGGGUUUAAAGGGUAUUCUUUUUGUGUCUUAAGUUUCAAUCUUUUUUUCUGGGUUUUGUGUUUGGAUUGGAUUUCUGUUCAGUCUUCUUGGGAGGAAGAGCAGGAAUGGCUUUGGAUUUUUCUUCUCUUUCUUCCCCUGAAAAGAAUUUGAGCUCUACCCUUCAGUGCUCUGAUGGGUCUUUUAUGAAUCUUCCCAAGAAAGGAGAUUUAAAUGGGAAAUGCGAUUCGGGUAUUCAGAGAAGCGUUUGGGAACCGAUGAAUUUAUUUUGGAGUUGCGGUGAACAACAGAAGGAGAAUGAUGAUAUUCUUGCUUGCUUGCCUGUUGAUCCUUUUGGCAUGAGGUCUGUUUUCACAGCCAUAAAAGGUCAGUUUGAAGAUUUUGAAUCAGGCAGUGGUUUCUCUUUUUCUGAUGAAAAGAUUGAUAAUGGUGGUGGUGGUGGAGGAGGAGUACCUGCAGGGUUCAUGUGGUUUCAAUCUGAAUUGAAUGAUGUGAAAUAUGAUGAAAUAUCAAAACCAUGUAAUAAGUUUAAUGGCUUAUUUGAUGGUGGUUUUGUAUUAAAUGGUAAUAUGGAGGACUUUGCUAGUUAUAUGGAUCAUGUGGAAGAUCGAAUCUUUAAUGAUGAAGUUAUGAAAACUGAAGAUUCUCAAGGCCAAGAAGAUGCUCAUGAAGCUAUUUCAUAUGCUUUGCGUUAUUUGGAUUAUCAGGAUCUUCUUUCUGUUGAAAGUGUUUGCAAAAAUUUAAGACAGUAUGUUAUUAGGGAUAGUCUUCUAUGGAAGAAUAUCAACAUUGGUUGGCCAUUUUGUCAGAAGAUCACCGAUGAUACUCUUGUGAAGUUAACCAGCAAGGCUGAAGGUACUCUUGAAAGCUUGAGUCUGGUUCAUUGCAACAAAAUUACUGCAGAUGGUUUGCAGCGUGUGUUUGAUAACAACCCGAAAUUGACAAAGUUAUGCUUGUAUAAUUGUAACAAGAUUUGCAUGGAAGAUUUCUUGUGUAAUCUGAAAUCCAUGAAAUCAGCAGGCAUCCUUGGAUUAAAGCAUCUGAGAGUUGGUGGGCUCUUUAAUGUUACUAAUAAGUAUCUUGAGGAGUUGAAGUUGUUGUUGGAUGCAGACAACAGAAUGCCACUUAAAGGCCACAAACCAAGGUUUUAUAGUGGCGGGAUAUCUCCCUGCUUCUCUGAAGAUGAUGACGAUGAUCGUGUCAUUGAUGUCGAGACUUGCCCCAAAUGCCAACAGCCGAGGGUAGUUUAUGAUUGUCCAACAGAGAGUUGUCGAGAGAAACAUCAAGCCGCUCAGCUAUGUAGGGCCUGCAUAAUGUGCAUAGAACGCUGCUGUCAUUGUGGUCGAUGCAUUGAUGAUGACACUGAUUAUGUGGAGACACUUUGCCUAAACUUACUUUGCUUGGAUUGUAUAAGGAACGUUAUUCGUGGUACAGAAAAGAUGCCCGGAGGAGGAGACAAGGGCUCUAUAUGCAGAUACAUGGCUCAAGUAAACAGUUAUGCAUUUUGUUUCAUUAGCUAAACUAGAAUAUAGAGAAUAAUAGAAAAAGGGCAGAAGCCAACUGAAAAUCGUAUGAAAGAAAGGUUCAAGGUUUAGCUCAUGCCUUUACUCAAAAAGUGGAAAAAUGAUAAUAAAGAAAUGUUAUGAAGAUAUUGGAAAAAUAAGAAAAGAAAAGCUUGCCUCUUGGAUUGCAAUGGAGAUGUUAUUUAGUUAAUCUCCUGUGCAAGUGAAGCAGCAUGUUCUGCUCACUAUUGGGGAAGCAAUUUUCAGUUUCAUCAGAGGUGAAAAGAAGAAGAAGAAGAAGAAGAAGAAGCUUUUAGCUCAUGCCAGAAAAAUGUCUUCCAUGCUUGAAACUUUACCUCUUGGAUUGCAAUGGAGAUGUUAUUUGAUUAUUCUCCUUUGGAGGUGAAGUAGCAUAUGUUGCAAUUUUGCUCUUAUUAGGGAACCAAUUUUUAGUUUCAUCAGUGGUCAGAGAAGUCUUUGUUUCAGAUUCAUAUAGAUAAAUGAGAAGCAACAUUUGCAAAGCAAGUUUUUUUUUUUUUUAAUGAAGAUUGUCAAACAUUGAUUAUCAUAAUUCUUGUUCUUAAUCUUUUCAUCUAAUGGAAUCAAUCAAUUUCUUAUGUUUGUGGAUUGAA